GGAAGUGACAGAGGAGAGAGAUAGACCGAGAGGAAGGCAGUGUUAGUGGAAGAGGUUCUCCCUGGCAUUCACUCCACCUCCGUCAGCAGACAUGGCCAACUUUUCCGGCAUCUGGAAAAUGAAGAGGAGCGAAAAUUUUGAUGAACUUCUCAAAGCUUUGGGCGUGAACGCCAUGCUGAGGAAGGUGGCGGUGGCGGCCGCCUCCAAUCCCCACGUGGAGAUCCGGCAGGACGGUGAACAGUUCUACAUCAAGACGUCCACUAGUGUGCGCACCACCGAGAUCAGCUUCCACAUCGGCAAGGAGUUUGACGAGGAAACAGUGGACGGGAGAAAGUGCAAGAGUCUCGCCACCUGGGAGUCGGACACCAAGAUCAGCUGUCAGCAGACUCUGGUGGACGGGGACGGACCAAAAACCUUUUGGACCCGAAAACUCAGCGGCGAUGAGCUGACGCUGGUUUUUGGGGCCGAUGACGUUUUGUGCACUCGCGUUUACGUGCGGGAAUGAAGCUCCAGAAUGCAGCGGACGACUCAUACAGGACCACAGUUCAAAUGCUAACAAGCUAAGCUACAGUAUUCCACAGAAGUUGUGCAUGUUCUCCCCGUGCCUGCGUGGGUUUUCUCCGGGCACUCCGGUUUCCUCCCACAUCCCAAAAACAUGCAGGGUAGGUUAAUUGAAGACUCUAAAUUGCCCGUAGGUGUGAAAGUGAGUGCGAAUGGUUGUUUGUUUCUAUGUGCCCUGUGAUUGGCUGGCAACCAGUUCAGGGUGUACCCCGCCUCCUGCCCGAUGAUAGCUGGGAUAGGCUCCAGCACUCCUGCGACCCUUGUGAGGAGAAGCGGCUCAGAAAAUGGAUGGAUGGAUAGUUUCCACACACAUUAGUAAGGCUCUCUUUGUUAUCACACUGAUGUUCAACCACACGAAACAAUAAAACUUUGACGAAAAUAAAAAAAAAACAUGUCAAAGCCUCUUUGUAGCUAAUUGGCUUUAGCAUCAAAGCAAACGUUGAUAUUUACCCCCCCCCCCAAAAAAAAGUAUCACAAGACACCAUGUUCUUCAUUUUUCUCCUGCAUUCAAAUAAAGUUGAUAGGAGAAAGCCGAGUUAUACUCGGAUAAGAAUAAGUAAAAAUUCUAAUUUAAAAACCAAAAAGUAAUAUUCUACGACAAGUUUUUUUCUAUUUUUUUUUACAAGAACAGUCAGAGGGGAAAAAACAAAAAACCCAAAAAACAAAAGUUUUAUUAUUAGAACUAAAAGUCAAAGGAAGUUUUUAGGUGAAAAAGAGUCAUUAUUUUCAAAGAAAAAAAGUCUGAAUUCAUAUUUCAUGUCUUUUUUGUCCAAGAAGAAAAAGGCUUCAUUUUUGGGAGAAAGUCGUAAUGUUAUGAAAAUAAAGUUUGAUUUCUUUGACCUUUUCAGAGAAAAUCGUAAUUUGAAGAGAAUAACAGAUUUUUUUAGCUUCUUCAAAAACUUUAUCUCUGAGAAAAAGGGGUGUACUGGUACAAGAAUAAAUUAAAAAAAAAAUCAUAUUUAUAGCAUUAUUUUUCAGAGAAAUAUUAAAUGUCUUUUUGAUCAUUUUUUUGUUUUAGAAAAAGUCAUUCUUAGAGUAAAAUCUUUUUUUUUUCAAGAAAAAAAGUGUUGCAGUACUAAAAUAAAGCCCUAUUUUUCUAGGUUAAGUGUCUUUUUGCAAGCAAAAGGGUUGCAUUUUUCACAGAAAAAAUCCACUUUUUAAUUUAAAGAGUUGAUUUUUUUCCAAUAAUAAAAAAAAAACCCUUUUAAGAAAAAUUCUUAAUCGUAUUAAAUAAAAUACAAAUUUUACUCGAGAAGUAAUGUUGUAAUGGUACUGGAAUAAAGCUCUGAUUUCUUCAAGCUAUAAGUCAUGUUUUCGGAGAAAAACAGUUGUAAUCUUAGGAGAGAAAAAAAGUCAUACCUUUAUAAGCCAGCCUUUAUUCUUAUAAAAUUAGAAUUUUUUUGUAUAAAACAAAAAUACUACUUCAGGUACUUUUACUUUUGUCUUCCAUAUAUAGUAUAAGUUUUGGUUUCCUUUUCCUGUGGUGGUUUGAGAAACACUGCUGUGGGUUCUUCUCACACAGGUUGGACCACCAAGUAAGCUUCUUGAUAAAUAGUUGACGGCCGCCUUUAGAAGCCUGCCCGUUCGAGUAAAUUAAUUAUUCUUUUGGGGGAAAUGCCCCACCCCCUCGCAGGUGCACCCCACAAAAGUCUACAGAACAGCCAGAAGAAAGCGGCUCGCCAUCAAAAGCCCAACCACAAAUGUGUCUCUUUUCCUGCCAACUUCUUCUUUUCAGAGCUUUUGCCAACACUCGGGAGUCCCCUCAGCCCCCUGGACAAAUGGGUCCAACCGCCGCUGACGUUUCACCCGCUUAUCCCCACAGAGAAUGACUUUCCUCCUCAGUGCACCGCCAUGCCUGUGGGAAGCAAAGAGGCCGGGGCUUGGUGAGGCGCCCUGAGGCGCACCGCCUGCCGCAGUGUUAAUUGAAGGACAAGCCACGGUCAGGAUUGCAGCUCACAACGGCUCAAUGAGGGCAUUCUUUUCUUUUUGUUUGCAGGACAAAGGGCCCCCGCCACCCCUCCACUCUUGCCAGCUUUAGAGUAGGGCAUCAAACAGGCCACCCUCUGUGGGUACAGUACGGCAAACACUCGCCGUCCCACUUUUGCUCCCUCCUGGUGGGCUUUCAAGUUGGGAAAAAGAAAAGGCCAAAAAUUAUUUGCAGAGUCAUACAAAACGGCUCUGGAUGGUACCAUAUUUAAUUCAAAUUUUUUUUCUGGUAAAGGUAUUUAGAAAAUCUUUCCAAAAUUUUUUUCAUGUAUUCCCCCCCCCCCCCAGAAGAACUGCUGCUAUCAUGAGCAGUCUGUGUUUUCAUAAUUUUUGUUGUUGUACUCUUAUGAGAAUAGUCUAGGUUUUUCAGAGAAAAAAAAGGUUAUAGUCUUACAAGAAUAGUUUUGAUUGAAAGACUCGUUUAAAAAAAAAUAAUUACAAAGUAAAUUUUACAAAAAUUUUUUUAUGGGUGGGUGUAAUGAUCUUACAAGAAUAAACUAUUGUAUUUUUUUAAAAAAGAGGUCGAAAGUUAGCUGAGAUAGGCAAAUCUUACGAUAAAAUCCAUCUUUGCCAAUUGUGCGCCUGUGAAGCCCUUUGAGAGUCUUUUGUGCUAAGGGCCAUACAAAUAAACUUGACUUAAAAACAAUAGUAUCUUUAAAAGUACAAAGUUGGGACUGUUUUGGAAAAAAGUUCAAACUUACCAGCAUAAAAUCGUAUUUGACACCUGUGGUCUACAAACUGCAAGUCAUAUUGUUCAGCCAAAAUCUCUUUGACAGUGCUCGUAUGAUCAUAUCAUAAUGACAGAGCAUGCAAGAAAAGAAAGGUCACAGUCUGCGAAGUGUGUGUGCAUCUGUCACAUUGAAUUACCAAGCAUGCUUUGUGGCUCCAACGUCCCCAAAGAACUUCCUUUUGAGAUGUAUUUAGCCAACACCUGCAGAGGUCAUAGCUUUGCCUGACCAAAUGUUGAUAGGUUGUUUUUUUUGGGCUUUUUAUUCCAAAAAAGGUGCAGCCUAAAAAUUCAAAGGCUAUACAGUUCACGAUUUUAUAAUGGCUACAAUUCGAUUCUGUAAGAGUUUAUUUCUAUGAAGUAAUAGUACACUUAAGGACUACUUCCAACAGUACAACUACUAAUCAUACUAAUAACAUUGUGAUGCAUGUAAAGUAAUACAGUAUUUAGAAGGCAGAAUAGUGUAUAGGGGAGGGAGGAAUAUGAAUAGGCCGUAAAGAAGGGAUGGAGAGAGGACACAGUCUGCUGGAUAUGAAGGGUACACAUACUUUAAAAAACACCAUUAAAACAUGACAAAUUCUACGUGUACAUCCGCAUAUUUGCAAUUUGGUAUUUGCAAAUUCGCAUUUUUGUGGAUUUUGCUGUUAAAAUUUGCCUGUAUUCACUAAUAUUUCUUAUUGUUUAAAUGCCAAAAGUUGAUUUUAAUAACUCGUAGCAUUUGUGUAAAAUGCUGGUGGACACAUUUAUUUGCCCACGUGUGAUGUCAUGUCACUUUGUGCUUACGUUAUUGAGGCUAGUAUGCUAGCUGAUAUUAUUGAUGAGCGUCAUGUGAAGGUGUUUUGUUUGUGUUGAAUAAUUUCACUACAUACUGAACUGUUACGUAACAUGGUUAAUGAUUGUGUACAUUCUAGAUGCGUGGUGUUGAUACUUUAUGAGCCUCUCUGUUUUAAGUCCUUCGCCGCCAUUUUGAGGCAUCUGUACACAAUUACAAACCUCAUUUAGGGUGGUCGUUGAUUACUCGAGAAUUUUUGCUGUUUGCAGCAGGGCUUGGUCCCUAUCCCCGUGAAUAGCAGGGGUUCACUGUUUAUAUAAUAUGGCCAAAGUAACAAUUAGAUUUGUAUGGAUAAUUGUGCUUUUUCAAAACAGGAGUUAACGACUGUGUAAGAAAAUACAAUGAACUAAGUAAAACUCAGCAUGGUGAAAGAGUGGUUAGCAGGUUUGCCUACAAUCGAGAGGUUCUGGGAUCAAAUCUCAGCUAUGGCCCUCCUGUGUGGGGAAACGUUACUUUGUGUGCUCCAGCUUUCUCUCACAUUCCAAAAACAUACCGAAUGUUGGGUUCAAGUGCUAUAGAAAAUGGAUGGAUGAAUCAAGUAAAACUACUUCUCCCUGGAAGACACUGUUUUUAGAGGAAUUGCUGCAGGUACUGAGAAGCCAGAAGCCUUUCCCCGUAGAGUUGAACAAUUCUGGGAUUUUUUUUCAAGUUGGAAACUUCACAUAGGAAUUAACAGUAAUUUAUGGGAAUAAACCAAGAAUUAACAAAAUUAAAUGUUGGCUCUAAAGAGGGAACUUAAAUAUAUCCAUCCAUCCAUUUUCUGAGCCGCUUAUCCUCACAAGGGUCACGGGAGAUUGAACCCAGGUCCUCAGAACUGUGAGGCAGACGUUCUAACCAGUCGCACACCAUGCCGGCGGAACUUAAAUAUAGUUGGGGAAAAUAUAUUUCAGCAUAAUCCUGACUAAAACAACCACAUUUCAUACAAUUACCUUUGAAUAGCUACAUGCCCUGUGCAUUCCUCCAUCAUAUGCACAGAUGAUUUCUACAAUUGUGACUUUUUUGAAACAAGAGGCUUGUCAUCUAACAUUUUGAAUGGGACAUUACUGGCAUUUUUAAAUUCGGAAGGGUGAUUUUUGUAAAUUUUUUAUAAAUUGGGUUUGGGAAAACAAGUUAGUUCUUCAAUGAAAUAAUUGACUGGUGAUAAAUUUGAUGUUCUACUUACAACAAAUUUGUUAAAAUAGCAUAUGCUUUUUGUCUUAUGUAUGGAUGACAAUAAAAGAAACAAAAUGUA